ACAACUUUGAUAGGAUAUCAACUUGUAACUUUUAAAUGAGCAGUGCAUGACGCGCAUAGAGCACGUCGCACUAACCAGGAGCAGAGCGCAAUACUCUUCAGUCGGCUACAACCUCCUCUUUCUUUCUAUUAUAAUAUAUAGGAGUAUUUCUUUCUUCAUUCCCUUCUUGUCUUUAUUUCUUUCUUUCAGUGAGUGUCGAGUUUCUCAUGAGAUUAUAUACGUUUUCGAACCGGUUGAUGCCACCCAUUUUCACACAUAAGACGACUUGGGAAACGCGUUCUGCGCGACAACUUUUCACCAGCAAGUUCUUCUGAAAGUGUCCAUCACUAGCUUCCUCUCACUGGGACCAUGGCGAUCUGUCCGCGGUUACUGCUGCUGCUCGGAUGGAGCUAUCUAUGCGGUGGAUAUUGCGCGAUGUUGAAAGAUCAUUUCACAGAUUUAAAAAUUAAAGGUACAUCUGGGCACUCUGGUGCGGCCCGGGGGGACAAAGACCGCUCAGAGAAGGACGAGCACGACCUACUUUUACAGGAUACUAUGACGGAACACAUGCAGAUGCUUUACGACCAAUACAACCGUGCAGGAUUUCCUUUCCAGGACGGGAAUACGGUCCGGAGCUUUAAAGCGCGCUGGGGCACCAUCAACAACCAGCAGUUCCAGAUCUUCAACCUGACCUCUCUCACCAAGUCAGAGGCCGUCCUGUCGGCCAUGCUCCACUACUACAUAGGAGACCUCCAGAACAGCACCCAGCACCAGGGCUGCAACAGCACCGCCAGGCCCAAGCCCAAGACCUGUGGAGAUCCGUCCCCAUCCCUGUCCCGCCACGGCCCCAGUAGACACAGUCAUGUCCAGAUGGGUGUGUGGAGCUUCGCCUCAGUGGAUAACCAUAUCAGGACUCUGGGCCACUUUGUGAUCAACGUGUCUACACUAUACAGGGACUUCAUCUCUUGGCAGUGGAAGGAUGUCACCCAGGUGGUGAACCAGGCCAAGCAUCAUGAUGAGCUGCUGAUCGGGAUAGACGUGGCAUUCCAGCCUGGACCCAGGCCCUGGGAGAAGCUCCUCUCAGACCGCUUUCCUUACAUCCUGGUCUACGCCAACGACUCGAGCAUCUCCGAACCUGAGAGCGUGGUGUCGACACUACAGAGUCAUCAGAGGCAUCAAACCACGAUGACCACGGAAGAAGGGGCAUUCGCCUCCGGCUUCCAUAAACUGGGGCUGCACGCUCAGAAUAGCACCGGCGCUCAACAACAGACGCCUCCUCACCGACGCCGGCGCUCGACUAGCGUCCUCCUCCCGCUCCAGAACAACGAGUUACCGGGGCCGGAGUACCCGUAUGAGACGAUGAGCUGGGACGAGAAUAGCCCCUACGAACCGCUGGAGAACAAGCCGGUCCGUCGGCCGAGGAAAAAGACGCGUGGUAAGAGCCAGAGGCACGGCGGUAAGAUGCCCCUGCUGCAGUUUGACGAGCAGACGAUAAAGAAGGCUCGUAAGAAGCAGUGGAACGAACCACGGAACUGUGCUCGUCGCUACCUGAAGGUGGACUUCGCAGACAUUGGCUGGAGCGAGUGGAUUAUAUCUCCCAAGUCUUUUGAUGCCUACUACUGCUCAGGAUCAUGCCAGUUCCCUAUGCCUAAGUCUCUGAAGCCUAGUAACCACGCCACCAUCCAGAGCAUUGUGAGAGCGGUAGGGGUGGUGUCUGGUAUCCCUGAGCCCUGUUGUGUCCCAGACAAGAUGUCUUCCCUCUCCAUCCUCUUCUUCGACGAGGACAAGAACGUGGUGCUCAAAGUCUAUCCAAACAUGACUGUGGACUCCUGCGCCUGCAGAUAGGGACAAUUAUCACACACACACACACACACCCACACAGGCACAUUCACAAAGAAACACACACACACACAGCCGGACAAUAAGAAAUGCUCUCUCUCUCUCUCUCGCUCGCUCUCUCUCGCUCGCCCGCUCUCUCUCUCUCUCUUUCUCUUUCUCUCUGUCAGUCUCUCUCUCUUUCCCUCUCUCCCUCUUUCUCUCUCUCUCCCUCUCGCUGUCUCUCUCAAAUCAAAUUUUGCAGAUGUUAUUGCAGGUGCAGUAAUACCUAGCAAUACAAAACAAUGCACACAAAUCCCAGAAAGUAAAAAGAAAGAAAUUAAGAAAUAUCAGAAAGAACAAUGUCAGAGUCUGGGAAUAUAAAUAUCUACACUGAGUGGACAAAACAUUAAGGACACCUGUUAUUUCCAUGACCGACUGACCAGGUGAAUCCAGGGGAAAUCAAUGAUCACUUUGUCACUUGUUAAAUCCACUUCAAUCAGUGUAGAUGAAGGAGAGUAGACAGGUUAAAGAGGGAUGUUUAAGCCUUGAGACAAUUGAGACAUGGAUUGUGUAUGUGUGCAUUAAUAGAAAAUAUAGACAUUAUGGACUUUAUAUGGAUAGAAAAGGUGUGUACAGCAGUAGUAAUAUAGGAUGAACCAGGACUAGAAUACAGUAUUAUACAUAUGAAGUGGACAGCAGUAGUUAUAUAGGAUGAACCUUCACUAGAAUACAGUAUAUACAUAUAAAGUGGGUGAAACAGUAUGUAAACAUUAUUAAAGAGACCAGUGUUCAAUGACUAUGUACACAGGGCAGAGUACCCUGCCCCCUAGAGUGGUAGCUGGCUAGUAACAGUGACUAAGGUUCAGGGUACUAGAGUGGUAGCUGGCUAGUAACAGUGACUAAGGUUCAGGGUACUGAGUGGUAGCUGGCUAGUAACAGUGAAUAAGGUUCAGGGUACUGAGUGGUAGCUGGCUAGUAACAGUGACUACGGUUCAGGGUACUGAGUGGUAGCUGGCUAGUAACAGGGACUAAGGUCCAGGGUACUGAGUGGUAGCUGGCUAGUAACAGUGACUAAGGUUCAGGGCAGGGUACUGAGUGGUGGCUGGCUAGUAACAGUGAAUAAGGUCCAGGGUACUGAGUGGUAGCUGGCUAGUAACAGUGAAUAAGGUCCAGGGUACUGAGUGGUAGCUGGCUAGUAACAGUGACUAAGGUUCAGGGUACUGAGUGGUAGCUGGCUAGUAACAGUGAAUAAGGUUCAGGGUACUGAGUGGUAGCUGGCUAGUAACAGUGACUAAGGUUCAGGGUACUGAGUGGUAGCUGGCUAGUAACAGUGACUAAGGUUCAGGGUACUGAGUGGUAGCUGGCUAGUAACAGUGACUAAGGUUCAGGGUACUGGGUGGUAGCAGGCUAGUAACAGUGACUAAGGUUUAGGGUACUGAGUGGUAGCUGGCUAGUAACAGUGACUAAGGUUCAGGGUACUGAGUGGUAGCUGGCUAGUAACAGUGACUAAGGUUCAGGGUACUGAGUGGUAGCUGGCUAGUAACAGUGACUAAGGUUCAGGGUACUGAGUAGUAGCUGGCUAGUAACAGUGAAUAAGGUUCAGGGUACUGGGUGGUAGCUGGCUAAUAACAGUGACUAAGGUUCAGGGCAGGGUACUGAGUGGUAGCUGGCUAGUAACAGUGAAUAGGGUUCAGGGUACUGAGUGGUAGCUGGCUAGUAACAGUGACUAAGGUUCAGGGUACUGAGUGGUAGCUGGCUAGUAACAGUGACUAAGGUUCAGGGUACUGAGUGGUAGCUGGCUAGUAACAGUGACUAAGGUUCAGGGCAGGGUACUGAGUGGUAGCUGGCUAGUAACAGUGACUAAGGUCCAGGGUACUGAGUGGUAGCUGGCUAAUAACAGUGACUAAGGUUCAGGGCAGGGUACUGAGUGGUAGCUGGCUAGUAACAGUGACUAAGGUUCAGGGCAGGGUACUGAGUGGUAGCUGGCUAGUAACAGUGACUAAGGUUCAGGGCAGGGUACUGAGUGGUAGCUGGCUAGUAACAGUGAAUAAUGUUCAGGGUACUGAGUGGUAGCUGGCUAGUAACAGUGAAUAAGGUCCAGGGUACUGAGUGGUAGCUGGCUAGUAACAGUGACUAAGGUCCAGGGUACUGAGUGGUAGCUGGCUAAUAACAGUGACUAAGGUUCAGGGCAGGGUACUGAGUGGUAGCUGGCUAGUAACAGUGACUAAGGUUCAGGGCAGGGUACUGAGUGGUAGCUGGCUAGUAACAGUGACUAAGGUUCAGGGUACUGAGUGGUAGCUGGCUAGUAACAGUGACUAAGGUUCAGGGCAGGGUACUGAGUGGUAGCUGGCUAGUAACAGUGACUAAGGUCCAGGGUACUGAGUGGUAGCUGGCUAGUAACAGUGACUAAGGUUCAGGGCAGGGUACUGAGUGGUAGCUGGCUAGUAACAGUGAAUAAUGUUCAGGGUACUGAGUGGUAGCUGGCUAAUAACAGUGACUAAGGUUCAGGGUACUGAGUGGUAGCUGGCUAGUAACAGUGACUAAGGUUCAGGGUACUGAGUGGUAGCUGGCUAGUAACAGUGACUAAGGUUCAGGGCAGGGUACUGAGUGGUAGCUGGCUAGUAACAGUGACUAAGGUUCAGGGCAGGGUACUGAGUGGUAGCUGGCUAGUAACAGUGACUAAGGUUCAGGGUACUGAGUGGUAGCUGGCUAGUAACAGUGACUAAGGUUCAGGGCAGGGUACUGAGUGGUAGCUGGCUAGUAACAGUGACUAAGGUCCAGGGUACUGAGUGGUAGCUGGCUAGUAACAGUGACUAAGGUUCAGGGCAGGGUACUGAGUGGUAGCUGGCUAGUAACAGUGAAUAAUGUUCAGGGUACUGAGUGGUAGCUGGCUAAUAACAGUGACUAAGGUUCAGGGUACUGAGUGGUAGCUGGCUAGUAACAGUGACUAAGGUUCAGGGUACUGAGUGGUAGCUGGCUAGUAACAGUGACUAAGGUUCAGGGCAGGGUACUGAGUGGUAGCUGGCUAGUAACAGUGACUAAGGUUCAGGGCAGGGUACUGAGUGGUAGCUGGCUAGUAACAGUGACUAAGGUUCAGGGCAGGGUACUGAGUGGUAGCUGGCUAGUAACAGUGAAUAAGGUUCAGGGCAGGGUACUGAGAGGAGGCCGUCUAGUGGUGACUGUUUAACAGUCCGAUGACCUGGAGCAGUUUUUCAAUCUCUCGGCCAUAGCUUUGAUGCACCUGUCCUGUCUCCUCCUUCUAGAUGGUAGAGGGGUGAACAGGCCGUGGCUCGGGUGGCUGAGGUCCUUGAUGACCUUCUAGAUGGUAGCGGGGUGAACAGGCCGUGGCUCGGGUGGCUGAGGUCCUUGAUGACCUUCUAGAUGGUAGCGGGGUGAACAGGCAGUGGCUCGGGUGGCUGAGGUCCUUGAUGAUCUUCUAGAUGAUAUCAGGGUGAACAGGCCGUGGCUCGGGUGGCUGAGGUCCUUGAUGAUCUUCUAGAUGAUAUCAGGGUGAACAGGCCGUGGCUCGGGUGGCUGAGGUCCUUGAUGAUCUUCUAGAUGAUAUCAGGGUGAACAGGCCGUGGCUCGGGUGGCUGAGGUCCUUGAUGAUCUUCUAGAUGAUAUCAGGGUGAACAGGCCGUGGCUCGGGUGGCUGAGGUCCUUGAUGAUCUUCUAGAUGGUAGCGGGGUGAACAGGCCGUGACUCGGGUGGCUGAGGUCCUUGAUGAUCUUCUAGAUGGUAGCGGGGUGAACAGGCCGUGACUCGGGUGGCUGAGGUCCUUGAUGACCUUCUAGAUGGUAGCGGGGUGAACAGGCAGUGGCUCGGGUGGCUGAGGUCCUUAAUGACCUUCUAGAUGGUAGCGGGGUGAACAGGCCAUGGCUGAGGUCCUUAAUGACCUUCUAGAUGGUAGCGGGGUGAACAGGCCGUGGCUCGGGUGGCUGAGGUGAUUUUUUUGGCCUUCCUGUGACACCGGGUCCUGUAGAUGUGCUGGAGGGCAGGCGGUGUUCCCCCAGUGAGGCGUUGAGCAGACCGCACCACCCUCUGAAGAGCCCUGCGGUUGCGGGCGGUGCAGUUGUCGUACCAGGCGGUGAUUUAGCCUCACAGGAUGCUCUCAGUGGUGCGUCUGUAGAAGUUCGGGAGGGUCGUAGAGGCCAAGCCACAUUUCUUCAGCCUCCACUCACAGACACAAACACACGCCCAGACACAAGCACACACACACACACACAGAACAACCUCUCUGCAACAAAGCCACCUAGUGAUUACUGUCACCUAUCUAAAUGGAGAUGAGAUGGUUGGUUGAUUAACCUUUUCAGGAAAGGACUGCUGGACCUCCUAUUGGAAGCCUGAAGCACCCUGGAGAAUACUGAAGCACUCUGGAGAAUACUGAAGCAUCCUGGAGAGUACUGAAGCAUCCUGGAGAAUACUGAAGCACCCUGUAGAGUACUGAAGCACUCUGGAGAAUACUGAAGCAUCCUGGAGAAUACUGAAGCACUCUGUAGAAUACUGAAGCCCUCUGUAGAGUACUGAAGCACUCUGGAGAAUACUGAAGCACUCUGGAGAAUACUGAAGCACUCUGUAGAAUACUGAAGCAUCCUGGAGAAUACUGAAGCAUCCUGUAGAAUACUGAAGCACCCUGGAGAAUACUGAAGCACCCUGGAGAAUACUGAAGCACCCUGUAGAGUACUGAAGCACCCUGGAGAAUACUGAAGCACUCUGGAGAAUACUGAAGCACCCUGGAGAAUACUGAAGCACUCUGGAGAAUACUGAAGCAUCCUGGAGAAUACUGAAGCACUCUGUAGAAUGCUGAAGCACUCUGGAGAAUACUGAAGCAUCCUGGAGAAUACUGAAGCAUCCUGUAGAAUACUGAAGCACCCUAGAGAAUACUGAAGCACUCUGUAGAGUACUGAAGCACUCUCUAGAAUACUGAAGCACCCUGUAGAGUACUGAAGCAUCCUGGAGAAUACUGAAGCACCCUGUAGAAUAAUGAAGCAUCCUGGAGAGUACUGAAGCGCCCCGUAGAAUACUGAAGCAUCCUGGAGAAUACUGAAGCACCCUGUAGAAUACUGAAGCAUCUUGGAGAAUACUGAAGCAUCCUGGAGAAUACUGAAGCAUCCUGGAGAGUACUGAAGCAUCCUGGAGAGUACUGAAGCACUCUGUAGAAUACUGAAGCACCCUGGAGAAUACUGAAGCAUCUUGGAGAAUACUGAAGCAUCCUGGAGAAUACUGAAGCACCCUGUAGAAUACUGAAGCAUCCUGGAGAAUACUGAAGCACUCUGUAGAGUACUGAAGCACUCUGGAGAAUACUGAAGCAUCCUGUAAAAUACUGAAGCAUCCUGUAGAAUACUGAAGCACCCUGUAGAAUACUGAAGCACCCUGGAGAAUACUGAAGCAUCCUGUAGAAUACUGAAGCAUCCUGUAGAAUACUGAAGCACUCUGGAGAAUACUGAAGCAUCCUGUAGAAUACUGAAGCAUCCUGGAGAAUACUGAAGCACUCUGUAGAGUACUGAAGCACUCUGGAGAAUACUGAAGCAUCCUGUAGAAUACUGAAGCACUCUGGAGAAUAAACAACUCACUAGUCUCAUCUUCUUCAUCAUCACGUCCCUCAUCACCAACCUCAUCAUCAGAGUUUCUUGCCUGUUUGAACACAAUAAAACAGGACCUACUGCAGAUUGAGAGAUUGAAAUUCAAACAGAAUGAAAGAUUUAGGAACUCCAGAUCGGUUUCCUGAUAGAUCUGGACUAACACAGAACCUCAGUAGACUACUGUCUCAGUGGGACUAACACAGGACCUCAGUAGACUACUGCCUCAGCGGGACUAACACAGAACCUCAGUAGACUACUGCCUCAGCGGGACUAACACAGAACCUCAGUAGACUGCUGCCUCAGUGGGAUUAACACAGAACCUCAGUAGACUACUGUCUCAGUGGGACUAACACAGGACCUCAGUAGACUACUGCCUCAGUGGGACUAACACAGGACCUCAGUAGACUACUGUCUCAGUGGGACUAACACAGGACCUCAGUAGACUGCUGUCUCAGUGGGAUUAACACAGGACCUCAGUAGACUACUGUCUCAGUGGGAUUAACACAGGACCUCAGUAGACUGCUGUCUCAGUGGGAUUAACACAGGACCUCAGUAGACUGCUGUCUCUACUGGGAUUAACACAGGACCUCAGUAGACUACUGUCUCAGUGGGAUUAACACAGGACUUCAGUAGACUACUGUCUCAGUGGGAUUAACACAGGACCUCAGUAGACUACUGUCUCUACUGGGACUAACACAGGACCUCAGUAGACUACUGUCUCAGUGGGACUAACACAGGACCUCAGUAGACUACUGUCUCAGUGGGACUAACACAGGACCUCAGUAGACUACUGUCUCAGUGGGACUAACACAGGACCUCAGUAGACUGCUGUCUCUACUGGGAUUAACACAGGACCUCAGUAGACUACUGUCUCAAUGGGACUAACACAGGACCUCAGUAGACUACUGUCUCAGUGGGACUAACACAGGACCUCACUAGACUACUGUCUCUGUGGGAUUAACACAGGACCUCAGUAGACUACUGUCUCAGUGGGACUAACACAGGACCUCAGUAGACUUCUGUCUCUGUGGGAUUAACACAGGACCUCAGUAGACUACUGUCUCAGUGGGACUAACACAGGACCUCAGUAGACUACUGUCUCAGUGGGACUAACACAGGACCUCAGUAGACUACUGUUUCUACUGGGAUUAACACAGGACCUCAGUAGACUACUGCCUCAGCGGGAUUAACACAGGACCUAAGUAGACUACUGCCUCAGCGGGAUUAACACAGAACCUCAGUAGACUACUGUCUCAGUGGGAUUAACACAGGGCCUCAGUAGACUACUGUCUCAGUGGGAUUAACACAGGACCUCAGUAGACUACUGUCUCAGUGGGAUUAACACAGGACCUCAGUAGACUGCUGUCUCAGUGGGACUAACACAGGACCUCAGUAGACUACUGCCUCAGCGGGAUUAACACAGGACCUCAGUAGACUACUGUCUCAGUGGGAUUAACACAGGACCUCAGUAGACUACUGUCUCAGUGGGAUUAACACAGGACCUCAAUAGACUACUGUCUCAGUGGGAUUAACACAGGACCUCAGUAGACUGCUGUCUCAGUGGGACUAACACAGGACCUCAGUAGACUACUGUCUCAGUGGGACUAACACAGGACCUCAGUAGUCUACUGCCUCAGUGGGACUAACAGAGGACCUCAGUAGACUACUGCCUCUACUGGGAUUAACACAGGACCUCAGUAGACUACUGCCUCAGUGGGAUUAACACAGGACCUCAGUAGACUACUGUCUCUACUGGGAUUAACACAGGACCUCAGUAGACUACUGUCUCAGUGGGAUUAACACAGGACCUCAGUAGACUACUGUCUCAGUGGGACUAGCACAGGACCUCAGUAGACUACUGUCUCAGUGGGACUAACACAGGACUUCAGUAGACUACUGUCUCUACUGGGAUUAACACAGGACCUCAGUAGACUACUGUCUCUACUGGGAUUAACACAGGACCUCAGUAGACUACUGUCUCAGUGGGACUAACACAGGACCUCAGUAGACUACUGCCUCAGUGGGACUAACACAGGACCUCAGUAGACUACUGCCUCUACUGGGACUAACACAGGACCUCAGUAGACUACUGCCUCAGUGGGACUAACACAGGACCUCAGUAGACUGCUGCCUCAGUGGGACUAACACAGGACCUCAGUAGACUACUGCCUCAGUGGGACUAACACAGGACCUCAGUAGACUACUGCCUCAGUGGGACUAACACAGGACCUCAGUAGACUGCUGCCUCUACUGGGUUGAGCAGAAACUUUUCCUCUUACGGAAGAGGUCAGACACAUGCUAUAUCCUAACUCCUUCCACCCCAGUUCUGAAUAGUUUUAUAUUCUCUCCUCCUCCUCCUCCCAGCUUCACGUCCCCCUCUCCUCCUCCUCCUCCUCUCCUCCUUCUCCUCCCAGCUUCACGUCCCCCUCUCCUCCUUCUCCUCCUCCUCCUCCUCCCACCUUCACGUCCCCCUCUCCUCCUCCUCCUCUCAUCCUCUUCCUCCUCUCCUCUCUGUACGACAUGGCUAUAUGUUACAGUGUCUAUGUCCUUAACUAUUUUCUUGUUACUUACUGUAUAUGAACCUCAUGUAUACAUACAUACAUAUUGCCUUGGCUGCUAUAGAGAGAGAUGCUAUUCCAAAGCCAUAUAUUGUGGUGUAGAGUGCAUUACAUACAUCUGUUUAUUUCAGAUUGUUGAUCCAUAAAAUAUACAUAUUGAUAGACUUUCUUUAAAUAUUGAAUAAAGAAAGUAAGCUAUAUUUCAUACAUUCAGGGCUUGGAAAGGAAUGGUCAACGUCAUGAACAAAAAAAAAACGGUCUGUUUUAUUAAGCAAUAUGCUUCUAGGCUAUAGCCUAGAAUAUUGAUAGACUUUCUUUAAAUAUUGAUAAUAAUAUAUAUAUUAUCAUAUAUAAAUAUUAAAUAUGGCUAUAGCCUAGGUUUUUUUUUUCUGUGCAUAUCUUGUAUUAAUUGUUGUAGUUGAAUGUGCUUUGUGCUGCUACUUCGCAUUCCGCCAAGUGUAACAGCACCCACUAUCUGAGAGGAGGACCUGGCUUGAUCUGAGAGGAGGACCUGGCUUGAUCUGAGAGGAGGACCUGGCUUGAUCUGAGAGGAGGACCUGGCUUGAUCUGAGAGGAGGACCUGGCUUGA